UAAUAAAGGCUAGAAAAAAAAAAAUAUGAAUAGUUUUGGCAUAGAACAAUUCCCGGAUUAUAAAGUGCCCGGAGUGCAGCAUGUAGAUUUUUCUCCCUACGAGUCAAAUGGCGGCUCUAUUGUUGCCAUAGCCGGAGAUGACUUCGUGGUUAUUGCCGCAGAUACACGUCUGAGCAGUGGGUAUAGCAUCCACUCUCGUGACCAGAGCAAACUUUUCGAAAUGUCACCAAAAACAGUUUUGGGCUCCACUGGCUGCUGGUGCGAUACCCUUUCUCUGACGGGUCUGGUUAAAGUUCGUAUGCAAAUGUAUGAGCACACUCACUUGAAGACAAUGACGACUGAUGCAGUGGCACAAAUGCUUUCCAUUGUCAUGUAUAACCGUCGCUUCUUCCCUUACUAUGUGUCUAAUAUCUUAGCUGGUUUGGAUAAAGAUGGAAAGGGCGCUGUCUAUUCAUAUGAUCCCAUUGGACAUUGUGAACGCGCGACCUAUCGUGCUGGCGGCUCUGCUGGAGCCUUGCUGCAGCCAGUGCUAGAUAACCAGAUCGGUUAUAAGAACCAAAACUUGUCCCUUGAUCAGCUGCCGCCACUCACUAAGGAACGUGCGGUUGCAGUUGCUUCUGAUACAUUCAUCUCGGCCGCUGAACGUGAUAUAUAUACUGGAGACUCGGUGCUGAUAAAUAUCAUUACUGCGGAUGGCAUUGAGAAGCGAGAGCUUCAAUUGCGCAAGGAUUAAA